AUGUGUCUUGUUUAUAUCACAGCUUAUUCACACCGUCAACAACGCAUGCCGCUAGCAUACCGAUUAAAAAGUUUUUCUACAGAGGACAAAACCGAACCAGACACCUCCUUCUAUCCCGAAAGACACCCGUCGACGCAUCACUCGGACUAUGCAAGGGGAGAUACAAUGAUGACAUCCUCGUCAUCCGGCGGUUCAAGGACAAGAAUUUCGAACAACGUGGAGUGUCACAUGCCACGCUAUAAAGAACGCACACCGCACGUGAUACCUCGUGGGCGCAAGCUGCUCUCGUGCAAGAGCUUCUCCUUGGAUAUUCCUGUGACUGAAGAAUUGCGCGACGAACUUCAUGCGGCAUCUGGAUCUUCAAGCCCUGGAAGGGAUGCUCAGGUAGAGGGCCACCACUUUAUUCGUCCGAGCAGAAGCACAUCAAGAAGGGCAAUUUUGACAACGCAACGGAACGAUCCUAGCGUACGGUUUAUGCAGCAGAUAUCUCCAAACUGCACUCGACCGAGAAUUGUGUCGUGUAUGCCUCCGGAACUGCACCGAUCUGCACCCUUUUACACGCACGAAUGGCAGGAGAACAUGACAGGCGGCAUGCCAUCUACAAAGUCUUGUCACCGAUUAGUUCAGCAACAGGUCUCGCCAGAAUAUCCAAAACUGCCCCACGAAGAAGCGUCAGCAAGCUACAGAUCUUCGGCGCCUGUACGGUCUCACAAGUUACCAAAUUUACCCCCACGAGCAAAUGCUUUUGAGGACAAUACUAUGUUUUGCGUAGCUAGGGAGUACAUACCACGGCGAUCGGAUGAAAUACGACUACGACUAGGACAAUAUGUGAAGAUAAUUGACAACACGGAUCCGGUGUGGUGGUAUGGCACGUGCAAUGGAGAUCUAGGCUAUUUUCCAUCAAGCUAUCUUCAACGCUACCAUCAAACAUAA